AUGAAGUUGAACGAAAAUACAAUUCUUAUUGGCGAAAAGGUUGCAUUGGUGCCUUAUAGAGCCGAGCAUGUUCCAAAAUAUCAUGAAUGGAUGAAAUCACCUUUUCUACAGGAAAUGACUGCUUCAGAGCCCUUGACACUGGAUGAAGAAUAUGAAAUGCAAAGAAGCUGGCACUUGGACGAAGACAAACUCACGUUUAUCCUAACUGCAUUGCCUGAAGAUUCUAAAGAAGCUUUGAAAGAAAUGUCAGAUACAUCAGUCAAAGACAAAACAGUCAUGAUUGGCGAUGUUAAUAUCUUUCUGAAUGAUCCUGACCAAGAUCGAACAUUUGGUGAAAUAGAAUUGAUGAUAGCUGAAUCCGCCUUCAGACGAACAGGGAGAGGCUAUGAAGCUAUCAAAAUAAUGAUGGGAUAUGCUCUGGAGAUGCUCGGCUUUAAAACUUUUCAUGCAAAGAUUAGCCUAAAAAACGAGCCCAGCAUCAAUUUAUUCAAAUCAAAGUUUGGAUUUUAUGAAGUAUCGCGGUCAGAAGUAUUCCAGGAAGUAUGCCUAGAAUGGACAUUGUUAAGCCCGCCUACCGAGCCCAGAAUGGAUGAAUACGGAAACAAGAUAGAAGUUUAUGGCUCAAAGGCGACCGCUGAUGAUAGGGCAAAAAUAGCUGAAGUCUCCAAAGAGCUAUUGACAUAUUACAAGAGCGUAAAAGGCGGUAAAUAUGAAUAA